CCUAACAUGAAGCAUCGGAAAACGUUAAAAAGAUAAUAAAGCUGGGGAGCCGCAUCGUUCUUCUUCUUCUUCUGUGAGUCUCCUAUUUAAGGAAGCACAACACAACAGCCCUUUGCCACUUUCACUAACAAUGGCACCUGUUGAUCCUCACUCGUUCACUGAGUCAACUCAGCCAGCCACCACUCACAUAGCAUUAACUCUGUACUUCGACUUCCCCUCCUCCACCAUCCACGCCUCCGCACUCUUCACUCUCCAAACCCCCCACUCCGGCCCCUUCUUCCUCGACACUCGCUCCCUCACCAUCCACUCCGCCCUUCACGCCGACCAAGCCAUCCCCUUCUCCCUCUCCGCCACCUCUGACCCCAUCAAAGGCACCCUCCUCACCCUCACGCUUUCCAACCACUCUUCCUUCAUCCUCACCUUCUCCACCUCCCCUUCCUCCUCCGCACUCCAAUGGCUCCUCCCUCCACAAACCUGCAACAAAACCCACCCUUACGUCUACACUCAGUGCCAAGCCAUCCACGCGCGCUCUAUCUUCCCCUCCCACGACACUCCUGCCCGAAGGAUUCGCUACUCUGCCAUCCUCAACAUCCCUUCCGAGCUCUCCGCAGUCAUGGCUGCAAACCACGUCACGCGCCGCCCUCCGCGUGACGACGACGCCCCCGCUCUCGCCUCAUUGAACUUGAACUGGUGCAGCCAAGACCGCGUGGUGGAGGAGUUCGUGAUGGAGCAGCCGGUGCCUCCUUACCUCUUUGCCUUCGCGGUUGGGCAGCUCGGGAACAGGGAGGUGGGACCCAGGACUAGGGUUUACGCGGAGGAGGGUUCGGCGGUGCUGGACUCGGCGGCGAAGGAGUUCGAAGGAACAGAGGAUAUGAUUAGGGAAGGAGAGAAGCUCUUCGGAGAAUACGACUGGGAAAGGUUUGAUCUUUUAGUGCUGCCGCCGAGUUUCCCUUACGGCGGAAUGGAGAAUCCAAAGAUGGUGUUCUUAACUCCAACUGUGAUCAAAGGAGAUGGCAGUGGUGCUCAGGUUGUGGCUCAUGAACUUGCUCACAGCUGGACUGGUAACUUGAUCACCAACAAGACCAACGAACAUUUCUGGCUCAAUGAGGGUUUUACUACAUAUGCUGAGAGGAGGAUUGUGGAGGCUGUGCAAGGAGAGAAAAGAGCUACACUGAAUGUUGGAAUUGGUUGGAGAGGUUUGAAUGAGGAAGUAGAGAGGUUCAAGGACAACUUGGAGUUCACAAAGCUUAAGAACAAUCAACAAGGAAUCGAUCCUGAUGAUGUUUAUUCUCAAGUUCCAUAUGAGAAAGGUUUCCAGUUCUUGUUUCGAAUCGAACGGCAGGUUGGGAGAUCUGCUUUUGAUGAGUUUCUGAAGAAGUACAUUGCCAAGUUUAAGUUCCAAUCGAUUGAUACCGACACAUUCCUGGAUUUCCUGAAGGAAAACAUUCCUGGUAUAGAGAAACAGAUUGAUCUGGUGCUGUGGACUGAAGGUACUGGGAUCCCUUCUGAUGCUUACGAACCCGAAUUGAUUGUAUAUAAAACGAUUGUGUCGCUGGCGAAUGAGGCUGCUACUGGGAGGAUGCCGGGUGAGGAUGAAGUUGCUGACUGGCAAGGUCAAGAGUGGGAGCUCUACUUGGACAACUUGCCCAAAUCCAUUGAAGCUUCUCAGAUCGUAGCCUUGGAUUCGCGCCACAAGCUAUCCGAAUCGAAAGAUUAUGAGGUGAAGGUGUCGUUUCUACAACGGGCUAUCUUGUGUGGAUGCAAAGAAUACUACGGCGAGGUGGAGAAGACAUUGAAGGAAGUAGGGAGGAUGAAGUAUCUUCGGCCACUUUACACUGCCCUUGUGAAAGGAAGUGAAGAAGAUAAAGUAUUUGCAAAGAGGGUAUUUUCAGAGGCGCGUGAGUGUUACCAUCCAAUUGCUCAAAGUGUUGUUGUGUCUAUAUUUAGCAAGCAUAUGUAGGACGAGCAUUUCUCAGUGUUUUCUACUUUUGUGUUACUGUUAACAUUGCAAACAGGGAACUGAAUCUUGUUGUGUUUUUAGUAAUAGUGAAGGUAUCUUCAAAUUACCUCACUGUUUAUCAGUCCUGGAAGAGAAGAAAAUGAAUUCCAGUUUACCCUUCAAACUA